AUGUCGACUCAGAUGUCUGCGAUGACAGAGGACGGUGACUGGGCCUGCCCCGAUGCAAAGCAAGGGCUGGCAGCACUGGGUGUCGGCCCCAUUGUGCUCGAUGAUGAUGCCAGCAUGGGAAGCCAGCGUGAGCCUGAUUCCGCUGGCGCUGGCUUCGCGAAGCAGGGCGCCGACGCCGAGCAAGCAGCGGCUGCUCCGCAGGUCGGCGCAGAGGGAAACUCAGCGGGCGAGGUCGAGCAAGGCGAUGCACCGCUGAGCCCUUGCACGACCAUGCUCUUGGAUCUGAUGGGCGAGGCCCCGAGGGCCGCGCAGGACGUGCAGCCGCCGACCAGCAUGGCGCGCGAGGUCGACAUCGAUCGCGGCGGCGAGGCUGAAAAAGAAGAUCCCGAUGAUGAAGAUGAGUGCCGUGCUCCUUCUGCGCUGGACCCCUUGGACACCAAGGACUCCGAGUCGGUGAAGGUGCCGACGCUGGAUGAGAAGUUAUGGAUGCGCGGGCCCAACGUCAUCGGCAAGGCGCCUCUUGACGUGCAGGUUGCAUGCAAGCAGUUGGAGUGGAGGACGUAUUCGCUCAGCAACCUUCGCACGUCGCUCUGCCAGUGGAGCCAGUGCGAAACCGACGAGAAGUUGGCGUCUGCGAUCCCUCACUUUCGACCUCUGCUGCUGCACCUGGAGCGCGUGGGCAAGGAACUUCAUCCACAGUUGGCAUUGGCGUUGGUGAAAGCAGUGUUCUACGAUACGUAUGCCAAGAACAAGUCGGUGGAGAACGCCAUGAACGAGGUGGGCAUCUCUGUUUUGAAGGAGGUUUCGCUGCUGAUGCAGUCGGUCAAAGACGAAGAGCCCACGAAGGACGUCAAGAAGUUCGAGAGCAUGGUUGGCAUGGACGCCAGCUUGGUUGACCACGUCGGUAGCAUGGUGAGCUCCGCCAUCGCAGAGCACCUCAAGCAAUGCGACGGCAUCGCCUCCAUGAGCAUCGCGACUCGCGAUGCAUACUCCAAGGAGUUCGACUUGAUCUGCAAGGCUUGGGGCGAGCUCUUCGACGACGAGUUGAAGACAUGCACGUUCUAUGACAUCGAGACUGCGCUCCCCAGCAUUGCAAUCAUCUUUCGGUCAGGGAUAAGCGACUACAGGAUGAAGCCAACUACGAUGGACGUGCGGUCAGCCAGGAAGUACGUUUCGCAGAUGAUCAAGACUAAGGUGCCCGCCGUCCCAUCAUCACUAUGUCAGCUGAUGGUAAGUGCGCAGGUUGGUGUGGGUAUGAUGGAGGUGUCCAGGCAGUUCGCUUCCGUGGGCAUCGAAGACGAUGCAGCAUCUCAGAGCUUCAAGGCUGCUUGCGACAACUUCGAGACUGACUUCGAAGAGGCCUUCACCGACAUGGAUGCGUUCAUCAAUGAGCCGUGCAUGGGUGGGAGGAUGGACUACAAGACUCUUCAUUUUCGCCUCGCGCCGCUUCGGAAUCUUGCUAGUGCCGCGCACAGGUCUUUAACCAAAUGGUCGCCUGCAGGUCUUCCUGACAAUAUUGAGCAGGUCACCCUGGCAUUCGUCAACACCAUGGAAAUCGUGAACCUUGGCGUCUUCGGGCUGGUGACGACGUUUCACAAGGAGUUGACGAAGGUACUGCUGAGCGCCAUGGAGAAUGCUACAGGCUGGCGGGCUGGAACAUUGAGGGUUGCAACCCUACAAGCCUGUGGCACCUCGGAGUGUUAUCAGACGCUGGCCGCAGCAAGUGCGGAUCAGCGUUUGCGAACACACCGAUAUGCCAUGGGACCCAGUGGAGUCGCAACCCUUGUGUUCCAACCUGCUGGACAGGGGCUGCGAGGGACAACGCGGGCGACGGCGAGGAACCCGACGGACGAGUGGCUCCGGCAGACGGAGAACCUGGCGAGGCAGUCGCAGCUUCGCCGGAGCAGGUCGAGGUCGCCGAAGCUACCACAGAUGGUGCCACCAGCAUCUUCCUUGGAUCUUGUGCCAAGGCUGGCAGAUAUCGAGGAGGACUGCUUGAAGUGCGUCAAGCUUCUGCAAUCCAUUGCGGGGAACGUGCAUGCGUGCAUCUCGACGGUUACGGACAAGAGGAGCGAUGACACCAUCACUGCGAUGAUCAAGGACGUCCCGUGCCCAGGCGACGCUAUCUCCCGCACCGACGACAACUGGUGCAUCUUCAUAACUUUAAUUACUUAUCUCAGAGAGUUCGACAACAUCCAAAGUAUCCUCAAGAACCAUGUGGCCACACAGCAGCUGUUCGAUCAUAUUAUGGGUGUGCCGACUGACCAGGACGCCGUGGUGAAAUUUUGCCAAUCCCACCACAAAUUCGAGAACAAGUUCGAAACCAUGAAGUUCGUGUGUGACGGAUCCGCUGCCUACGACGAGGACGUCUACAGCAGCAUCUGGAGCGCGAUUACGACAUUCAAGAGCCAGUACGCCGACGUCGCCUACAAGCAGAUCGCGGACAUGUUCAUGAGGCCCUCAAUCGUUGAGGACAUCGCCUUCUCAGACUUGAUGGUCGGUGCAGUCCAAGAGGACCUGAUGGAAGAUAUUCAGCCAUCAGACUUGCUGCGUCGGCUGGUUCGCGAGCCAGACAUCUCUGUGAGACCUCCCGAAGCAUUGGAGGCAAUUCUUGAUGUGACUACCUCGAUUGAUGCGAUGGCGUUAGACGUUCUUCCUCACAACAAGUCGUUGGGAGCUUUGGUCCUAUUCUCGGAGGCAACUUCUUUGGCCAAGGUAGACACAUGCGGGACCAUCACAAAUGAUACGGAGGAGAAGCAGGACUCGAAUGCGCCCAUGAAGUAUGCCACCCCCGCUUUCGCCCUCAUGUGCGCCUUGAAGGACGUCGUGUUGGUACCCACGUACCUUCGCCAUGAAUUACUCCUACAGCCAACAGUCGUCAGCGACAUCAACACAUCCACCCUCGCUGGCGACUGGGCCAAUGCGAUCAAGAUUCUCGCUGAGAGCUUGGUGAGGCGGCGCGAACUCGUUCAGGAUAAAGACCUACUGGAUGCAGAGCGUAAUGGAUGGAUGCUUCCGGUUACCUUGGCGUCAGUGAUCUCAUGGUCGCAGCAGGCUGCUUCAUUCAGCAGGAUGGCGCGCGAUGCCUUCAUGAAGAAGUGGAUGGUGUUCCUUGGCUCAGUCACCGAGAAGGUCCAGAAGGCAGUUCCGCACUGGGAGGCUGCCUUCCCUGAUGCUUGCUUCGACCUGACCAUGGCACUGGCAGUAUUUGAAGACAAGCUGAACACUGCCGUGGACAACUACAACCUGCUUUUCCCCGUGCUCAGCGACCUUCAGAAGGCGGCGUUCUGCAUUGACUUGAGCCCAGGGUUGCAGGUGAACGAGGUGACGAAGUCAGGGGUCGCGAUUGCAACCACAUGCUUGAAGCGGUGCCACCAAAACACCAUCAUGAUCCAGGGCGCGCAGCUCAUGAAGACCUCCGGGAACGGCCCGCCAAGCCCAAAGAAUGCAAUGGAGUUCACCGCCAAGCACAAGAGCGUGAGCGGAUCGAUCCCGCAAUCGUUCUGGGACGAGCUCCAGCUCGUUGCCGACGGAGCUGGUGCGCCGUCGGCGAUCCAGGACGCGCCAAAGGGCAGCUUCGCACGCUCAUCGAGCAAGGCGUCGCUCGAGACGCCGACGGCCAAGAAGUGUCGUGUUUGUUCGGACACGUCGUCGACGGGACCGCCUGCUCUGAGUUCCACACCUGCUGCGGCCUCGAGCGUGAGCACGCCCGAGCCAGGCGCGCCGCAUGCCGAGGAGCCUGCUAGCUUGGCGUCGGUGGAGGCCACCGCAAAGCCCAAGAAGCGCAAGAUGACGGCUCUGCGCAGUUUCAAGAAGUAG